ACCAGCAGCAAGAAGAAACCAGUGGGUGAGCGAGCGGCGGGCCGACCCCUGAUUUCCUUCCUCUCACAAACCCAUACAAGUUUACCCUCUUCUCCCUCCCUCUUGGGCGCUAUAAAUUGCACCACUCGCUCCCCUUCCAUCUUCACGGUCAUGUGCAUUCCUCUGUCUUUGGUUUUGGUUUCCAUCAGAUCUCCUUUCUCUCCUUCUUCCUGUCAAAUCUUUCCUCCAGUUCUCUAAAUUCUAAGACUACAAUAAUGGCUGGCGAGUCUAAUGUGCAGGCUUCAUCUCCAUUGGAGUUGACAGGCCUAGGACCUUUGGACCAGAAGCUUUCUAUGGCAAAGCGCUGCGGCCAUGAGGGCGUGGUUGCCGGAGCAAGAGCCGCUGUGGUUGCAACUGUUGCUAGCGCAGUCCCCACUUUGGCAAGCGUGAGAAUGAUACCAUGGGCAAGGCGCAACCUCAACCCCACCGCUCAGGCCCUCAUCGUCUCCUUAGUGGCAGGCUCGGCGUACUUCAUAGUUGCAGACAAGACGGUGCUGGCCACAGCAAGGAAGAACUCUUUCCAGAACCUCCAUCCCUGAAUCAUCAGGCCAUUCAUGCACAUACAAUGGAAAUGUUUUAUGUCUCUACGUAUCUUUUGCUUCAGGCUUUUUCUACUGGAGUUGUUCUCAACCCGUAUGAGCAAUGUAUAACAGCUCUCCUCCAUAUGUAUAAAUACGAAUGAUCUUUCUUCCCAA